UGACAACAUCGUACCUACGUAUCAAUGGCACUCGAGAAUGAUCUGUUUUCCGCAUACAGAUUGAUGGCUAAGUAGCUAUAUGGUAAACGAUACGUUGAGAAACCCUAAUGAUACUAGAAACAAAGAGAAGCUUGGUACCUAGUUUUUUAAUAUUCUGGUGACACAUCGACUGGUCAGUUACAUUCCAGUAGUAGUAAAUGGCAUAUUUCAAGGUGCUGUUUCUUUCUAACACAUACUCGUAAGAUGUGUCGAUCAUAUAUAUUUUUUAAAACUAUACGGCGUUCAUUUUGUGUCUGGUUGUGGGUGUCGACUGAGUUUGUGAGGAUUUUCUCUCUAUAUCGGCGAGAAAAUGAUCGUGUUUUUGUUCAGCUUAAUCGUUGUUUCGGUUCAAGGUGCUCGAAAAAUUGGAGAUAAUGUGCUAUUGGAUGCGUUGAAUUUAGGCCAAUCGAAUCUCAAUAAUACUCGAGAGGAUUGUAUCUGGAGGACAGAUAACGAUCUGUGUUCGAAAAAUCUCAUCAAAUAUACUCUUUACACGAGGAAAACAUCCAGUUCGGAAGAAAGAGGAGAUAAAAAUGAUGAAAUGAGAUCUUUCGAUGUUGACAUGUCGUCGCCUGUCUGGCUUCACUCCAGUGACUGGAACCCAUCUCACGAGACGAUAAUCUUAGUUCACGGAUACGGAGGCACAGCUGACCACUUGCCCACUGGGAUCUUACGCGAUGCGUAUAUUAAAAAUGGAAGCUAUAAUGUGAUCGUUGUUGAUUGGGGCCCUUUGUCUAGACUUCCAUGUUACCUGUCAGCUGUUCAUAAUAUUAAAUCGGCUGCCAAAUGUAUCGGCGAAUUAUUCAAGUUCUUGAGGAAUUCCGGCGUCGAUAUGCGUAAGACUUCGUGCGUUGGGCAUAGUUUGGGAGCUCAUGUUUGCGGCGUUGUUUCCAACUAUUUGAAUUUUCGAUUGCAUAAAAUUAUCGGUCUAGAUCCGGCCAAACCAUUGAUACCUAAUGUGUUGAAGUCCAGAUUAGAUGCUGGAGAUGCUGAUCAAGUCCAAGUCUUGCAUACCAGCUCCAGUUAUGGCGAUUCCAAGAAAAUAGGUCAUAUUGAUUUUUACUUCAAUGGUGGACGUAUUCAACCCUAUUGUGUCAAUGUUACCAAUGAAGAGCUUUGCAGUCAUAUGAGAAGUGUUUGUUACUUAGCAGAGAGUAUUUUCGCAGAUCGAGUAAGACAUGGUACGAAAUGUAAGCGACGUAAUUUACAAGGCGAAUCUGACUCCAAAGGCAUCCUGAACCGGAUCGGUAACGCUCAUUUCAUGCCCGUUGGACAGUUUACUCCUGAAGGUGCUGUUGGUACAUAUUGUGUAUCUAAUAUCGAUGCACCAUUCUGCUCCGCUGAAAGAAGCGAUAAAGGAAGUCCAUUUUGCUGUAGACCUUCACCAACUCAAUCGCCAGAUGUAUCGACAGUUCCUGCUCUACCUGAUAAUGCUAUUGGACGAGAAUCCAAAAGUAAUAAGGUCAAUCCAAAGAAAAAGAAUAAGCUUUAAAUUUAUAGUACAUACCUACUUAUGUGAAUUUUUUUAAUGAAUUUUUUACUGUUUUUUUUGAGUGCGUAAAUUUUUUUUUCUUAUGUGUAUGAUACCUAGUAUGAUUUUUAUUUUCAUGUAUUAUUGCAUGUUGGAAAGGAAAACAUGUGUUUUGUGCAGUUGUUGUGAAUUAAGUUGUUUAUUUUUCAACUUCAUAGAUCUGUUUAGAUUUUUUACUGUUUUUUUUUAUUGGUUUGUAUUUUUUUAAUACUCAGCAUGAUUUUUGUAUUUUAUUUUUUAUUGCAUGUUGUGAAGAAGAAUUGUGUUUUUUUAUAAUUGUUAAAUGAAAGUAGAUGUUAUGAAUUGGGUUGUUGAA